CGUUCGUGGCAGGGAUCCCCUCUUGCUCUCGUCGCCGUCGCCGCCGCGAUGCCUCGGUACUAUUGCGAUUACUGCGACACCUACCUGACACAUGACUCUCCAUCUGUCCGUAAGCAACACAAUGCUGGGUACAAACAUAAGGCAAAUGUUCGAACCUACUAUCAGCAAUUUGAGGAGCAGCAAACUCAAAGUUUGAUUGAUCAAAGAAUUAAAGAACAUCUGGGGCAAGCUGCAGCUUUUCAAGUUGGUGCUCCUUUCAAUCAACAUCUGCUCUCAUUUCCAGGAGGCGUGCCUCGUCCUCGUCUUCCAAUUCUUCCAACACCUGGCAUGCCACAUGGUGUUCCUCAAGCACCUGGUGCACCGUUGAUGCCAGGCAUGAGGCCUCCUAUUUUACCGGCUCCUAUCCCAGGUUAUCCUGGUGCUCCCAAUGCUCCGACCAUGCCACAAGCAGUUCCUGUACCUGGUUCCAUGCCUAUGCAGAUGGCACCUCUCCCAAGGCCUCCAACACUACCACCUCCAACAUCUGGAGCCCCAGGGGCCCCCAUUCCCAACAGUGGGGCUCCUCCAGUCAUGUACCAACCAAAUCCACCGCAACCGCAACCUACAGGCCCGACUUCUGGUGCUCCAGCAGGAGCCCCACAGGCUCCUUUCUCCUAUGCACAACCUCCUGAGGGCAACCACUGAUUAUGUUGUUUGGACUUUUAUUUAAGAAGCAUACGAAGGAUGCCCAUCAAGUCUGGUCCAUUGGGGGUUCGAGGCUGCUAUCGUUUAAAUGGGAUCAGCUGGCACUUAAUUUGAGGGAUUGUUCAAGACGGCUUCUUGUAACUGUAUUUGCGCUGCUGGUGAUGAUGUGUUAGAUAAUGUAACUUUAACUUUGUAGUCUUCUGAAGCUCAUACUGAUUCCAAAAGGCACUUUCCAAGCUGGUAACAAGAUUGUUCGCUACAUAUUGAAAACAAAUUCACUGAUAGGAUGGUCCUCAAAUAUUUGGCAUUUCA